AUGUGACUUUCAUUCACAAAUCAGAACAGACACAAAGUUCACUGUAAUGGUUGUGAUUUUUUUGUGUAGAUAAAUGUCAGUGGAUACACAUAAAGAUUACUUUAAUGCUCAGGGGAAAAACCCCAGCAGGCUCACAUUUUCUACAAGGUUAAUGCAGUCAAACCGCACAAUGCAAAGGGGCAAAAAAAUAAGUUACCAGCUCUAUUAUGUCUCUGUCGCCCUUGUUCUCUCUGUAAGCAGUUGGCAUGCCGCUGGAGACAUUCAGUUGCAGGAAAUGUGCUAACGAGUGUUUGCUAAUGUUGGAAAUCCUGCACGGGAUUGCCAUUGCUUUUUAGAGAGAAGAAACAGAGAAACAUUCAAAUCAGUACCAUGAUUUGUGAAAUGUGUGGAUUUCCAGCAAUAUAAUGGAUGUGGCCGCUCUCCUCCUCUAAUGAUUGCUGGAGGGAGAGUGUUUGUUAUUCCCUGCUUUCAGCAAAUCCAGCGGAUCUCUCUCAAUACUCUGACUCUGAAUGUGAAGAGUGAUAAGGUCUACACCAGACAUGGAGUACCAAUCUCAGUAACGGGCAUUGCUCAGGUGAAGAUCCAGGGUCAGAAUAAAGAAAUGUUGGCCGCAGCGUGUCAAAUGUUCAUGGGGAUGUCAGAGGUUGAGAUUGCUCAGAUUGCCCUGGAGACCCUUGAGGGACAUCAGAGAGCCAUUAUCGCCCACCUGACUGUGGAGGAGAUCUAUCAGGACCGUAAAAAGUUCUCCGAUCAGGUCUUCAAGGUGGCUUCCUCUGACCUGGUCAACAUGGGGAUCGGUGUUGUCAGCUACACGCUCAAAGAUGUGCAUGAUGAUCAGAAUUAUCUAAGCUCGCUGGGUAAAGCUCGUACCGCUCAGGUGCAAAGAGACGCUCGUAUCGGAGAAGCUCAGUUCAAGAGGGAUGCUGUCAUCAGGGAGGCUCACGCCAUGCAGGAGAAGAUCUCUGCUCAGUAUAAGAAUGAGAUUGAGAUGGCUAAAGCCCAGAGAGACUUCGAGCUGAAGAAAGCCGCCUAUGACAUGGAGGUCAACACCAAGAAGGCGGAGUCUGAAAUGGCCUAUCAGCUUCAGGUGGCCAAGACAAAGCAGUGCAUUGAAGAGGAGAAGAUGCAGGUUCAAGUUGUGGAGCGUACGCAGCAGAUCACUCUACAGGAGCAGGAGAUCACCCGCAGGGAGAAGGAACUGGAGGCCAAAGUCCAGAAACCAGCUGAUGCUGAGAGAUACCGCAUUGAGAAGAUCGCCGAGGCACAAAAGCUUCAGCUGAUCAUGGAGGCAGAAGCUGAGGCAGAGGCCAUCAGAAUGAGGGGAGAAGCAGAGGCCUUUGCACUGGAGGCGAAGGGUCGGGCUGAAGCUGAGCAGAUGGCCAAAAAGGCAGAAGCUUUUAAGCAGUACAAAGAGGGAGCCAUGGUGGACAUGCUGCUGGAGAAACUCCCACUGAUGGCAGAAGAGAUCAGCAAGCCACUCUGUGCAGCCCAGAAGGUCACCAUGGUGUCCAGCGGUGGGUCAGAAGUGGGCGCAGCUAAGCUGACAGGAGAAGUUCUGGAAAUCAUGACUCGCCUGCCGAGCGCAGUGGAGAAACUGACUGGAGUCAACAUCUCACAGGUUGGUUCAACCCGCAUGGGCUAAUGGAGUUCAUGAGGAAGGAAUCGGGUCUGAUCUGCUCUGAUCGUGGAUCUCAGCUCUUCCUGUCUGUGUGCAUGCCUGUGUUUGUACUGAACCUGGAACAUUGAGGUCCUUUUAGUUUUUGUAAUCCACCUUUUUUAACAUUCAGUUUUUGUAUUCUAUUUUGUGAAUUGUUAUUUUAUCACAUUAUAUGAUAAUUUUAUAUGUUAGGUGAACUGCAUCAUCUGCUCUAGAGCCACUGUUAGCGAUGAAUAUUCAGGGAAGUGGGGCUGGUCUUCUUUUCAUUUUUUGAUUAGUUUCUGUAUUUCUUGUCUGUCAGAGCUACACACCUGUUGAUUCUGGUACGGUUUCUUCCAAAACCAAAGUGCAUUCAAAUCAAAUGCAUGUAAAUUCACCUGAAGUGCAUUACUGAAGCCAUAGUCCACGUGCAUGAUGCCUCACGUCUGCAGACACAGAAAUGUGACGCUUUAUUCUUGUAGUUUUAUAUAUAUAUACGGUUUAUCAUUCAGUGCUCUGUAAAGGCUUUUUCUUUUAAACAGUGGCACAGUUUGCAGACAUAUUGAAAAUUAUACGGAAUAUAAUACAUUUUUGGUUACUGUCUGUGUGCUCAGUAAAGUGAUUUAUACAGCAAGUUGAAAAGUAAGAUGGGGAGGGAAGUGGGAGAAAAAAGAAACCCUUUGAUUUUGUUGAAGCUGAUGAACAAACAGGAAAAAAGAAGAAGAGGAAACUGGUGAGGUAUUUAACGCAGGCUGUAAGUAUGUCUCUCUGCCCACAGAAACUCCAGUGAAGGCUGGUGCUGGUUUCAUUUCUUAAAUCACUCUGUGAAAAAAAUGAAGUUAGUCUUUUUGUUCUGCAAUGCUGCUGUGUACUUUACACUAAAAUCGACUCGACAUCACCAAAGGUAAACCUAUGCAUUUAUAGUUUAUGCCUUUAAAAGUGCCUCAAAGCUAUUUUUACUUCCUCACUGAAUCAACCUGCUCUGAUUGGGUUUCAGCAACAGGAACUGUGAUGUGUCAUGUGAUUCACUUCCCGGCCUUAAUUUCAUUCAGAAUGUUCCAUUUGUUAGUGUAAAGCAUCAUUAUUGUUUUUAAAUAUGACAAACCCAAUUUUUGCCUUACUGUACGUUCAAUGGAUAUAUGUACUGUAUAUAUGUUCACCUUAAACUGAAGAUCUCUAUAUCCAGGUUAAGAUUUAUUCAUAAGUAUGUACUGUUUAUUAUAAACAAUAAACUAUUAGUGUGCGCUGU